UUGCUCAAAUACAUGAAUCCGGAUUUCAAACCAAUUUCUAGGAAUACCAUUGUUGCUGAGGUCCAUAGAUUGCAUCAAGAUCAUAAAGAGAAACUGAAAAUGGAGAUAGCUUCUAUCCCUAAUAGAAUUUGUUUGACGGCUGAUGUUUGGAGGUCUAUAGCUAUUGAAGGAUAUAUAUGUCUUACUGCGCAUUAUGUUGAUGAUAGCUGGAGAUUAAAUAGUAAGAUACUAUCUUUUAGUGCCAUGCCUCCUCCGCAUUCUGGAAAUGAGUUGGCGAAGAAAGUUCUCGAUUGUUUGAAAGAUUGGGGGAUAGAAAAAAAAUAUUUUCGCUCACGCUUGAUAAUGCCUCAGCUAACGAUACUAUGCAGAGUAUAUUGAAGGACCAGCUUUGUCUACAAAAUGGAUUAUUAUGUGAUGGAAAAUUUUUUCAUGUUCGAUGUUGUGCACAUAUUUUAAAUCUUAUUGUGGAAGAAGGAUUAAAAGUGGUUGAUUCUGCCUUGUAUAAGAUCAGGGAAAGUGUGAAGUAUGUUAAGUGGUCAGGAGGAAAGAUGAAUAUGUUUAAGGACUGUUGUGAGCAAGUUGGCGUUGAUAGCGGGACAGGUUUGCUUUUAGAUGUUUCUACCAGAUGGAACUCGACUUAUAUGAUGCUCAAGAUUGCUAUUAAGUAUGAACGUGCAUUUAAUAGUCUGCAAUUGCUUGAUCGAAACUAUAAGUAUAAUCCAUCAACUCAAGAGUGGCAAAGAGGAAUAAAGAUUUGUGAGUUUUUGGAGCCAUUCUAUGAGAUCACCAACUUGUUUUCUGGGUCUAAAUAUCCUACUUCCAAUUUAUAUUUCUUUCAAGUAUGGAGAAUAGAGUGUUUGCUGAAGGACUACAUGAAAAACGAAGAAGAUCAAAUGAUUCAAUCUAUGGCCAACAAUAUGAAGGGAAAGUUCGAUAAGUAUUGGGAGGAGUAUAGUGUGACCCUUGCGUUAGGAGCUGUUUUGGACCCUAGAAUGAAGUUGGAAUUAUUGGAGUUUGCUUACAGUGAGAUUGAUCCGAGCACUUCCAAGGAAAAAAUUGAUCUUGUGAAAAAAAAUUUGGUGUUUCUCUUUAAUCAAUACAAGAACAAAUCAGUAUCUCCAAGUUGUUCAUGUGGAACUACAAGUCCAAGUUGGUGUUUCGCAAAAGGAAGAGGAACACGUUUGACUGCUCUAAAUGCUUUUAAAGCAUAUGAAAAAAGGGUUGUUGCUCAAGAGGGGUGAUAUGUUUUGGAAAUAUAUUUAGAGGACAAAAGGUUAGAAAUGAAUGAGUAUGACGACAUCGACGUGUUACAAUUUUGGAAAAAUCAUAAACAACGAUACGGUAGUUUGGCUCAGAUGGCUUGCGAUAUACUCAGUAUUCCAAUCACAACAGUGGUGUCUGAAUUUUCAUUUAGCAUUGGCACUCGUUUGAUGAACAAAUAUAGAAGUCGUCUUUGUUCUUCUGAUAUUGAAGCGCUUAUUUGUACGCGAAACUGGUUGAUUGGCUACGAAGUGGGUGUAAAUGGUGGAGAAGGUGACGAUGAUGACGACGAUCACAUUAAUAUCGUUGAUGAUUAUGAUGGUGGACAAG